GGUUACACUAGGAAACCGGAGUCCAAGGGAUCGAGCUGUGACUGACAGAGGCCUACGUUUUCCAAGAACUGCUCACCGGGGAGCCCAGCUACAGCCACCAUGUCCGGCAGAAACAACAACAAGCUGCCCAGCAACCUGCCACAGUUACAGAACCUGAUCAAGCGGGACCCGCCGGCCUACGUGGAGGAGUUCCUUCAGCAAUAUAAUCACUAUAAAUCCAAUAUGGAGAUUUUCAAGUUACAACCAAAUAAACCCAGCAAAGAACUUGCAGAGCUGGUGAUGUUCAUGGCACAGAUUGGCCACUGCUACCCAGAGCAUCUCAGUAACUUCCCACAGGAGCUGAAGGACCUGCUCUCCUACAACCACACCGUGUUAGACCCAGAUCUGCGCAUGACAUUUUGCAAAGCCUUGAUCUUACUGAGAAAUAAGAAUCUCAUCAGUCCGUCCAGUUUGCUAGAGCUCUUCUUUGAGCUUCUGCGCUGCCAUGACAAGCUCCUGCGGAAGACUCUGUACACACACAUUGUGACUGACAUCAAGAACAUCAAUGCCAAACAUAAGAACAACAAAGUGAAUGUGGUGCUGCAGAACUUCAUGUACACCAUGUUGAGAGACAGCAAUGCAACCGCAGCCAAGAUGUCUUUGGAUGUGAUGAUCGAACUCUACAGAAGGAACAUCUGGAAUGAUGCCAAAACUGUCAAUGUUAUCACAACUGCAUGUUUCUCCAAGAUCACCAAGAUACUAGUUGCUGCUUUGACGUUCUUCCUUGGGAAAGAUGAGGAAGAGAAGCAGGACAGUGACUCAGAAUCCGAGGACGAUGGGCCCACAGCGAGAGACCUGCUGGUGCAGUAUGCCACAGGAAAGAAGGGCUCCAAAAACAAGAAAAAGCUGGAGAAGGCGAUGAAGGUGCUGAAGAAACAAAAGAAGAAGAAGAAACCAGAAGUGUUUAACUUUUCAGCUAUUCACUUGAUUCAUGAUCCCCAAGACUUUGCAGAGAAGCUUCUGAAGCAGCUGGAGAGCUGUAAGGAGAGGUUUGAAGUGAAGAUGAUGCUCAUGAGCCUCAUCUCCAGACUGGUGGGAAUUCACGAGCUUUUCCUCUUCAACUUCUACCCUUUUGUGCAAAGGUUUCUGCAGCCCCACCAGAGAGAAGUCACAAAGAUCCUUCUGUUCGCCGCACAAGCCUCUCAUCACCUGGUGCCCCCAGAGAUCAUUCAGUCCUUGCUCAUGACGGUGGCCAACAAUUUUGUUACUGACAAGAACUCUGGGGAAGUGAUGACCGUGGGAAUCAAUGCUAUAAAAGAGAUCACAGCUCGAUGCCCUCUGGCCAUGACUGAAGAACUUCUCCAGGACCUGGCUCAGUAUAAGACUCACAAAGAUAAGAAUGUAAUGAUGUCUGCCAGAACUCUGAUCCAUCUCUUCCGGACGCUGAACCCUCAGAUGUUGCAGAAGAAGUUCAGGGGCAAACCCACUGAAGCCUCCAUGGAAGCAAGAAUACAAGAAUAUGGAGAGUUAGAUGCUAAAGAUUACAUCCCGGGAGCGGAGGUUCUAGAGCUUGAGAAAGAAGAGAAUACAGAAGAUGAUGAAGAUGGAUGGGAAAGUGCCAGUCUCAGUGAGGAGGAGGAGGGGGAGGACGGUGAGUGGGUUGACGUGCACCACUCUUCUGACGAGGAGCAGCAAGCAAUUGCCAAGAAGCUGGACAGCAUGCCCAUGGAAGAGCGGAAAGCCAAGGCUGCAGCCGUCAGUACCAGUCGAGUUUUAACACAGGAUGACUUCCAGAAAAUCCGAUUGGCCCAGAUGAAGAAGGAGAUGGAUGCUGCCCCAGGGAAUGCCCAGAAAAGGAAAUACCUGGAAAUUGACAGUGACGAGGAGUCCAAGGGUGAAUUGCUGUCUCUUCGGGACAUUGAGCGCCUUCAUAAAAAGCCAAAGUCUGACAAGGAGACGAGGCUAGCAACCGCAAUGGCUGGAAGGACAGACCGAAAGGAAUUUGUGAGGAAGAAAACCAAAAUAAAUCCAUUUUCCAGUUCCACAAAUAAAGAGAAGAAAAAGCAGAAGAACUUUAUGAUGAUGCGGUAUAGCCAGAAUGUCCGGUCGAAAACAGCGCGCUCCUUCCGGGAGAAGCAGCUAGCACUGAGAGAUGCACUUCUGAAAAAGAGGAAAAGAAUGAAGUAACCCAUUUCCUGCCUGAUGCUGUGUGUAUCAGCAUGCCAAAAAUCAGUAAAUAUUUGCUUACAUUAAAAAGUCAAGGAACACUGUAUUUUGUAAACCACAGUAACAUUUGUAGCAAUUUGGUAUUUUUGAUUGGGAGGUGGGGCUGGUGUGAAUGUAAAAUGUCAAUAUUAGCGGUGUUAAGAACUCACUUCUAACUCAAACAGAAGUGCUGAGUGCUACUAAUUGUCGCUACGUGUGUAGCUGAGUGAGCCAUAGCCCGUGGCUGAGGGUAGAUGUACAUAUGGUGUUUACAGUAAGCUGUAAAUAGUUCCCGUGUAGCAGCUAGUCUGUAUUCCCGGAGUUGCUGAGACUCCUGGACUAACUGCAGGGAUGGGAGUUACUCAUGCUCUUCAAUCAGGACAGUGUUACAAGAGUAAGAGGUUCUUACUUGUAAAUAGGCUUCCCUGCUCAAGCAGGCUCCUGCUGUACAGAUUUGGGUGGAUACUUGAGCUCCACUUUUUUUUUUUUUUUAAUGUAAAGAGUUUUGGCUAAGGCCUCAUUUUUUUUUUUGACUUGCCUUAAGUCUAAAUAGUGAUUUUGAAAUACCUAGCAGGGUGUGGUGGCACACACCCAUAAUCCCAGCACUUGGGAAGCCAAGGCAGGAGUCUGGCGAGUUUAGAACCAGCUUGACAUACUGAGUUAGUUCAGGGCAGCUUGAGCUACAUGAGACCCUAACUGAGAACAGAAGCCAUCUUUGAGCUGUCAUCUGAGUGGCUGUUGGGGUUUUGAUUCUGUUUGUUGCUAUGCUGGAGCUGAGCCCCAGGGCCCCGCACCUGCCCUGAGCAGGUUCUGCCACCCCCAUCCCUGAGUGCCUACUCUUCACGUGGUUUGACCAGUUCCCUUGCCUUGUUCUCAGCCAAAGCUGACAUGUUGUUAGUAGUCAGGUGGGUGGGUACAGUGGUGUACGCUGUUACUGCCACAUUUAAAUCCAUUGCAAGACCCAGUCUGCAUGCAGGCUGCUGGGUUUGAAACAGUUUGAUGCCUUCCGCCUCAGACUUCUUAGGUAAUCUUGUCAUGAGAAAAUGCUUCAUGUUCACAUUAGAGGAAAGGGCAGUUUCUGCCCCUUAGUUGGAGAGCAGCUGCUGGUGCUUACUUUCCUUUCCAUCGAUCUGUUCUGCUUCUGAGGUGGACUUGGAUAUAUUUAGCCCUUACUUUCCCCAAUAGUGCCCCAGGUCACUUGUUAGGGGAUUGCCCAUCAGCCUUACCCAGCAGAGCUGUGGAGGGAGUAGCCAGUGCACAUUUGUAUAUGUGAGACCUGAAACUGUCCCUUACUUUCUUCCUGUGUUCUUCACGAGGUCUGAAAGCUGCUGUGUGGUUUGCUACUGUUUUUAGUCUUUCCCUCACCUCCCAGCUGCCGGGAUUUCAGGCACACACUACCAUGGCCAGUUUCUAGGCUGCUAGGGGUCAUACCCAGGGCUUGGCAUGUAAAUCAAGAAUACCAGCACAUCACAUGUGUGGCAUUAGCAAAUUACACUGGUAAAGAAGAACCACACAGGACAGUCUAUCCUGCUCUCUGCUGCAUCCUUGAUGCUAAGUGUCUCCUCUGAUGUAGAGGGCACAGCAGCUGUUUGAACAUCUGCCUGCCAAGGUUUCUAUCUGUAAAUGUUAGACCACCUACCUCUCUUUUAGUAAAUUGUGUUUUAGGGGAAGUUUUUUUUUCUUUCUUUCUUUUUUCCUUAUAGUUAUAGUUGCUAUGUUUAUUUUAACCACCAAACCCAGUGUUUAGGCAGCUAGUUUAGAAUCCAUAUUAAGUGUCCAUUGUGUAUGAAGUACUGCUGGAUGUUUGUGGCUAUCUUUGUGUUGUGUUGAAACUGUCAGUCCCUUGAGGGAAACAUGCUGUGUGAAGAUGUAGCUGAGCUUCCUCAGGACCCAGCCACUCCACAGAAGACACACUGAGGAGUCACAUUGUACCUCAGGGCAUGUGGCUUCUGUUGUGCAGUCUCUAUGCACAUGGUGGGCAGGAUGGUACUGGAGAAAACAGUUCCUGAGCCCUGUGGUUAACUUGAUGUGAUGUUGGUAUAAUUUUUAUGUUACAGUUAAUACAAGUUUUGUUUUUAUUCUUUUCUAAUUUGUUGAAAAUUUAUAAUGUAUAUGGAGUAUUACAUUGAAAUUUCAGUUUAACUAAACUGUUUAAUUGUUCUGAGCAUAGUGUUAAGCUAUUCCAUGUAACAUAUUUUUAAACUCUGUUUAGAUAGCAAUGUCUCCCAAGUAGUACCUCUCAUUCCUUGCGUGGUUUGGAGUGUAUUUCUUGGAGAUUUAAGGAAGCUCUACCAGGCAUGGUGACACACACCUGUAAUUUCAACACAUGGGAGAAGGAGGCAGGGCAGGAGAUGAUCUGGUUGGAGACCAGGCUGGGCUACACAGCAAGAGAGCAAAACCCUGUCUGGGGCUUGGGGGUGGUGUGGGGUUAUGAAAUGAGAGAGAAUAGAGAGUUUCCUGUUGUCUCUGGUUUUCAGCCCUGUAAAGAUGCAAAGGAAAGCCGAGCACAGCAGCUUCAGCAGCGGUUAAACAGCACAAGUCCUGUUCACAAAAGGCUCUCUAUGUGUCACUUUCUUCUGCAGAUUCUGCUUGUGUGUUUUAUCAAUCUCAGUGUAUAAGUGGUUAAAGUUUGAAAAAUAUUUGUAGCAUAAGCCAGUGUACAUGUAGGCAAUUAUAAAAAACAUCCAGAAAAUGUGCCAAAUAUCAGGGAGGUGGGGUUGGUGCUGGGAUCAUGUAUAACUUGUAUUUUCUCUCUACUUUCUGAGUCUUUCAUAGUAUAUAUGUUUUUACUUAUGUCAUUGUGUAAGAAACCAAAAAACAAAAAUGAGGUGAGAAAUAAAGGUGUGUGGCAAAU